ACUAUUCACUUCUCUGGAAUCAGCACUCCUCUUCAGUGUGAGAGUAUAAAAAAGAGGUCCCGCUAACAUGGGGUUCACAGUCUAGCAGGCUCAGGCAGCACGUGGAGGGAAGAAGAAGAGUUUGAAGAGGAGGAAAUCGCUGCAAAACUAAAUCUCAAAAUGAAAACUGCAAUCUUCUGCUUGGUUUUCCUGGCCUGCGCUUCCAUUUGCUUUUCAACACUUAUAUUGGAUUGCCGGUGCUUAGGGUACCACAAGAACGUACGAGUUCAUCGCAUUGCUGAUGUCGAAGUUCUUGAACCUAAUCCAUACUGCAAUAAAAAAGAAGUCAUUGUCAAACUGACAACCGGCGGCUCACUUUGUCUCAACCCCUCAUCAGAGUUCACCAAACGCGUCCUCAAAGUCGUACAAAUGUCGGCAUUUCGUAGGAAGAACACGGCUGGCCAAACAGCAACCCCUGCGUCCUCCACAGAAAAGCCAACAGCGCGAUCUUAAACUGUUCUUAUUAACGAUCCAAUGGAAGCGAGGUAUAUCUGUUAAUAAGAAGACAACUUCAAAAGUAAGAGUCACUAAAGUACGUGACUACGAAACCUUGAAGGAUUCAUUUUUCUAUAUGUACUUUUUUUUUUGUAUAAGCAAACUGGCAGCUGGUAGUAAAAAAAUGUAAAAUAGCAUAAAACACUGUCUUAACAUGCAGUCAACAUUUCACAGUGAUGGAAUACAAUGUUUUUAAAUCAAAACACAUUGUAACAUAUUUCAAUUUAAUUGUGUUUUCCAUUGAUUCUUUUCUAUGGCAGAUGAUUGAAAUGGGAUUUGAUGUGAUCUUGGAUUUUGGUGGUUUUCAUUUAAAAGCAUUCCUAUAACAAACACAUCUGUACCAACUUGCACAUAUAUGUAUCUAACUGUAUUUUUGUCUUGUUGAUUUUAUUUUAUUCUAAUCAUGACUGUGAAAGUGACAUUGUUGAUGAGCAGCUGCAAUAUUAUAACAAUAAAUAUGGCAUCAUAAAAAAAAAAAAA